AUGGGUCUUGCAAUCAUCAAGCCCGCGGGCGUUCCAGGCAAAUCAUGGCCAGCAAUCCUCAUCGGAUGUUUCGUUGCGUUUGGUGGUCUCCUUUUUGGUUAUGAUACAGGUACUAUUGGUGGUAUUCUCGCUAUGGACUAUUGGGAGAACGAAUUUUCGACUGGUUAUAAAAAUGCAAAGGGUCAUCUCGAUGUCUCUCCAUCUCAAUCUGCGGCCGUCGUCUCUAUUCUAUCGGCUGGAACCUUCUUCGGCGCACUUUCUGCAGCUCCUCUUGCGGAUUACUUUGGUCGGCGUAUAGCUUUGUUGAUAUCUUCUGGUGUUGUUUUUACUUUCGGUGUAAUCUUACAAACUGCCUCUGCUGCAUUACCAAUGUUUAUUGCCGGUCGUUUCUUUGCUGGUUUUGGAGUUGGUCUCAUCUCUGCUUUGAUUCCACUCUACCAAUCCGAAACAGCUCCCAAAUGGAUUCGUGGAGUUAUUGUUGGAUGUUAUCAAUUGGCUAUUACAAUUGGUCUACUCCUUGCCGCUGUUGUUGAUAACGCUACACAGUCCCGACAAGACACUGGAUCAUAUAGAAUUCCGAUUGCAAUUCAAUUUCUUUGGGCUAUCAUCUUGGUCUUCGGAUUGUUGUUCUUGCCUGAAACACCCCGUUACCUGAUCAAGCGGGGACACUAUGCAAAAGCCGCCGAAUCCCUCGCCAAGCUCCGUCGUCUUCAUGUUGAUGAUGCAGCUAUUCGUGAUGAAUUGGUUGAGAUUCAAGCUAAUCAUGAAUACGAACUCCAACUCGGUCAAGCUUCAUAUAUGGAUUGUUUCCGAGGGGGUAUGGCUAAGAGACUGGCAACUGGAUGUUUUCUACAGGCUUUGCAACAACUUACUGGUGUUAACUUUAUCUUCUAUUAUGGUACUCAAUAUUUCAAGAACUCCGGUAUCACCAACGCCUUUGUCAUCCAAAUGAUUACCAGCGCCGUCAACGUCUCAUCUACCCUUCCCGGUUUAUACGGAAUUGAAAAAUUUGGUCGUCGUCCGCUUCUCUUAUGGGGAGCAGUCGGAAUGUGCGUCAGUCAACUCAUCGUCGCUGUAUUGGGUACAACCACCACGGGACAAACUGCCGACGGAGUAGUAUUUGCCACCAACAUUGCUGCACAAAAGGCAUCCAUCGCUUUCAUCUGUAUCUACAUUUUCUUCUUCGCAUCCACCUGGGGACCUCUCGCAUGGGUUGUCUGCGGCGAGAUUUUCCCCCUCAAAGUUCGCGCCAAGGCUCUUUCCAUGUCGGUCGCCACCAACUGGCUCCUCAAUUGGGCCAUUGCCUACUCGACACCGUAUCUCGUCAACUGGGGACCUGGCAACGCUAAUCUCCAAUCGAAGAUCUUCUUCAUCUGGUUCGCGUGCUGCUUUGUGUGUAUCGCCUUUGUUUAUUUCAUGAUCUAUGAAACCAAGGGGUUGACACUGGAACAAAUUGAUGAACUUUAUGAUAGCAAGAUUACGGCGAAAAAUUCUGUUCACUGGAAACCCAGCAAGCACUUUGUUGAUUUGGUCGAUGGCCAUGAUCUUUCGAAUGAGAUGGGUCACGAAAAGCAUGGUGGUGAUGGUGUUUUGGCGGAUGAGAAGGGUACUGCGAUGCAUACUCAUGAUCAUGAUCAUAAUCACAAUGAGACUUUGAAUCAUAAUACGGCGCCGGUUGGUACUGGUCAUGAGGAACUUCGCUAG